CUCUGCACCCUUGCGUGUGUGCGCCCUGCUGCCCGCGGGCCUCUCAGCGCUCCUCUGCCUGUCCAUGGAAGGGGCCAGAUCCCCGUCGCCGGGGGAAGACCUGGAGCUCCUGGCGCUCGGAGGGCAGCCGGAGGAGCAGAAGCCUCUCAAUGGAACCGUCCAGGUCAUCCCUCUUUCGGUGGAGGAGCCCUGCCCAGCCCAGGAGAAGGAGGAGAACCCUUGGAGUUCCUGUAAUAAGAAAUUGAUUGGAAAGUGCAAACUGUGGAUGGUCAUCGCCUCUGUUUUCCUAGGUCUCAUUAUAGUCAUCAUAAUAAGCUUAUGUCUUAUUGGAGUAACUUACAUCGAUGAAGAUGCAAAUGAAAUACUUGAGUUAUCGUCGAAUAAAACCUUCUUGGUCGUGCUCAAGAUUCCAGAGGAGUGUGCUGCUGAGGAGCAAUGGCCGCACCUGCUCAUGGAGAGGUUGACCCAUGUGUAUGCAUCAUCCCCAUCGCUGAGCCAUUAUUUUACUUCAGUGGAAAUGACGGACUUCAGCGGUGAAAAUGCCACGGUAGCCUUCCACCUGCAGUUUGGGGUUCCUUCGGAAGAUGACGGUUUUAUGAAGUACAGGAUGAAUAAGGAGUUGGUGCGGGGCGUUUUACUACAGAAUCUGCACGAUCAGGGAGUGUCUGGCUGUGAGACUUUGGGACUGGAUCCAGCAUCCCUCUUGCUCUAUGAAUGAAGGGAGGAUGUUGGUGUGUGUCUGAAGGCAGUGCUCCACU